CCGCGACGGUCUCCUGAAUAUCCCCAAGAUUAUCUGUGUAAUAAUCUGUUGCAUGGUCAAUUGUGCUAUCUACUCUAAAUUACCUUGUCUCCGUUUCUCCUCCUUCCUCAGGAUCAGUCGUCCAAGCGCCACGCUGCAGUCUCCAGCUGGUGCGACCAAGCUGAACUCCCCGCGCUUUUAAUUCGAUCUCUGCUCUUCUUCUCCAACACAAUCCGCCGGAUUGACAUGAUGCGACUUUAAACCCUCUCUCAAGCUCUAUCCGAUGUCUGAUCCCCGGUGACGGCUCAUCACCUGUCACUCCCCACCAAUUUCACCAUGUUGUUCGCCCCGAGCGGACCGCAGAGUCCCCGUCGUCGUAAUCGCAUGAAAGCUAUCUUGAUUACCAUCGGCAUCGUCCUCGCAAUUUAUUUCCUCUUCUUCGCCGGUAACGAAUCUCCCCAUUCCACCUAUCAUGAUCAACCCGACAAAUAUGCGCAUAAACCUGAACCCAUCACGACACCCAAGGCUGCGGACGAGCUGGCUCGUCCCGUGACCCGACGACACAAGGAUAUGGUCGUGGCCAGCAUGAAGAGUGAUGAUACCUCGUGGCUGGCCGAGUACUUUCAAGAUUGGUCGCGGAGUAUCUACGUGGUCGACGAUAAGAAUGCCCCGUUGACCGUUGCGCGCAACAAAGGGCGCGAGUCGAUGGUGUAUUUGACAUAUAUUAUCGACAACUACGAAAACCUUCCCGAUAUAAUGCUCUUCAUCCACUCUCGGCGCUAUCAAUGGCACAACGACGACCCUUACUACGACGGCGUCCCCAUGCUGCGCAACUUCCAAACCUCCUACCUCCAAAAAGAAGGAUACGUGAAUCUACGCUGUGUCUGGACUCUAGGCUGCCCCGUAGAGAUUCACCCCCUCAGUGAUAUUCACCGUGAAGACGUACACGCGGGCGAGUACUUCAAAAAUGCCUUCAUGGAAUUAUUCCCCAACACACCAGUGCCCGAAGAAGUCGGCGUAUCAUGUUGCGCUCAGUUCGGUGUGACCCGGGAACGAGUAUUGACGCGCCCUAAGAGCGACUAUGAGUUCUAUCGCAAGUGGCUUACGGAAACGGAACUGAAGGACGAGCUAAGUGGACGGAUCAUGGAGUAUUCGUGGCACAUGAUCUUUGGCAAGGAGCCUGUUCACUGUCCGGAUGCCAAAGAAUGCUAUUGCAAUGUCUUUGGGCUGUGCAAUUUGAAUUGCCCGGAACCGAAUGCAUGCGAUGAUCGAUAUGUUCUGCCUCCCUACUCGGCACUUCCCCAGGGCUGGCCGUAUCUUGGGUGGAACGGCCAAGAGCAGGACCCGGCACAUGGACUUCCUGAAUCUUGAGAGUGUAGAUCCUCACACUAUCGGAACUGCUCAAUGAUCCUCGUUUUAGAGGGUGAACGCGCCAGCACUUAUAAUCAGAACCAGAGCCCUGGCCAAGCCUGGGCCCUCAUAACCUGCACUUCUGAUCGCACAGCUAUGGCGCAAUACGCCACUGCUUGGCAAGGUUCAGUGUGCACUUGCGACUGACUUGCAAUUCUCAGCUUGGAGGAUCUUCCACCCCCGGCCGAGACCGGAAAGUAGCACCAAUCCAGAUCAGCCAAAUCAGGCAAGCAUCUCGCAGACUUGAAUUCGAUCUGCCUGUAUUAGUAGCAUAUAUAGCCAAACUUUGAAAUGCCUAAUGUCAACAUUGGAAAAUAAGCUUUGAU